UAUAGAACAAGAAACAACUGUCAAUAUGAAAUUUAAAGAGAUUGAAUUGUCACGCAUUUUUCAGUGGUAUAGGACUGACUUUGGUGCUGAUGAAAUCCAAGCUGUUAGGUGGACUUUAAAAUAUUUAUGCGAAGAUAAAGUUUAUGGAAUUGAAAAUUUAAUUGAUCUGUUGGUACUUGAAGGCGGAGUGAGGAUAAGUUACAAGGAUUACAAUUGGCAGCUUAAUGAGACAAUGCCUGAACCAAGUGCAUCUGAUGUUGACGUCAAAAGUCAUAGACAUCAUCAUCAUCAUCGUUCCGAGCAUGGUAAAAAAUCACCUUGCAAGAUGUGAGAAUAGGCAUGAAAGGGUAGUCACCUGAUGUGUUACAUCUGUCUUGCAAUACACAUUUGUUUACUAUGAACACUAGACUGUACAGUAACCCCUUGCUAAGUCACAGGUUUAGGGAUCCAAGCAAAAAAUCUGACUUAUCAAGGACAGACAGACUGGAUAACUUUCGCUUAGACAUGCUGCUCAGUUGGAAACUAGAGAUCAGAAUGAUGGAUUAUUCACAUUGCAGUGAGUUUCAUGAGGGAUUUAUCAAACCAGUAUCACCCGAGAAACUCCCUUGAACCAAGCCGUCGACAAGUAAUUGACAGGUCAAUGGGUGUUGAAUGACAUCAACAUGCUUUGAAUAUGACUUGUACCGACUGUCUCAUGACUAAUUAAAAACUUGGAGCAACAAAUCCUUAACUAUUUUCUUUCAAGACAAUACAAUUUUUCGUGAACCAUCCAAUUACCCACUACUUAGCCAAUGUCAUGCCUAACUGAGGCAUGACUUAGCGAGGGGUCACUGUAUUGCAUUGUUUAGAAAUCAGCACGUGUUUGAUAAACAUGUUUUAAAAUAGUUUCCAUGGCUGGUAAUACAGUCAAUAUAAAACUGCUAUCAACCACACAAUCAUUUCCAUUACUAUUCUGCCAAAUAUUUAAUAUGAAAAUAAACAAAAACACACAUAAAGAUGUGAACUGAGAGUAUACUAGCAUGAUUAUGAAUGAAUGUUUCAAUAUGAAAAAAAACUUUGAUUCAUUACAAGAAAUCAACUUUGUGCAUGCUCGAAAUUGUACAGUUAUCAUUUGAAUCUGUAAGUUUGAAUCCUUGUUUAUUCAGAGCAAAACAAUCUGAAUCAGAAGCCGACAUUAGCAACAUGGCCGUUUGAUUCUCUUUUCACUUUAUAAACUCUAAAACCGUGAGUAAAAAUUUUGGUUUACAUGUCUUUAAUAUUACUCUCACCUUCUUUAGAUGCUGCACAUGACCUAUGACCUUUAAUUUGCAUACCCUGUAUAUGGUAUGGUACUUGAAUGUAUCUGGGU